AUGCUAAACUAUUCUACCUAUGACAAACUCAAGUCCUAUAGAUUCAUUCUAGCCUCUACAUCGCCUCGAAGAAAGGAAAUCUUGACCGAUUUGGGGAUUGCCAACAUUGAAGUCAUCCCAUCGGACUUUGAAGAGAAUCUUCCCAAGACAUUGGCGCCUGCAGAUUAUGUAGCAGGAACUGCUCAUGGUAAGAUCGAUGCAGUGUAUAACCAAAUCAAGGAAUCACCAGGAAGUAAGAUCAUUCUUGCAUCUGACACGGUGGUGGUCAAUAAUGGACGCAUAUUUGAGAAACCCCGCAAUAAGGAAAUACAAUUGGCAACAUUACAAUCAUUUAGAGAAAAUCCAAUUGUUUCUGUAAUGACGGCUGUUGUGGUGUAUCGAUUAGAAAAUGGUGAAACUUCAUUCCUAGAAGAAAGUUCAGUUCUGGAAACUCGUUUGACCUUUGAUACUUCCAUCAGUGAUGAGUUUUUACGUGCUUACGUUGAUAGUGAAGAGGGACUACAGGCUGCGGGAGGGUUCAAAGUCCAGGGACUAGGCGGGUUACUAUGGACAGAGUUGCAGGGAGAAUACCAAGCCGUGGUCGGACUCCCAUUCAAAGGUACAUUUACAUUGUUGGAAAAAGUGUUGCAAUGA